AUGGCAAGUCAUCGUCCAGUGGAUGGCCGGCUGUCUUCGGGAGACAAAAUUAUUAAGGAUCUGUUAAGCGCACAAAAGGCGCCUGCGAUAGACUGUCUUGUUCUAUCGGAAGCCAGUGAUGGCAAGUCAUCGUCCAGUGGAUGGCCGGCCUUGAAUCACGAAAUGGGAAAGAAAGAAGUUAACAUAGAUUGGAUGCUUUCGUGCAAUGACCCGUCUCCUCUAGAAUUCUUUCGCCGGAUCCGGCCAACACAUCGAUCUCGUGCGUUCGAAAAGUAUGAUAAAAUUCUUGAUCAAGCUAUCAACUGUUGUAAAGAUCCGAUAAAGCAAUCGACCUUAAAAAAAAUGAAAGAAGUCGCUAAUUGUAAUUCAGACUGGGACGUGUGGCUCAUAGAGAAAAGAGCGAGAAAGAUUCGUGACGAGAUCUAUCAAGCAAAUACUGAAGUUCAUGGAGAAUUAAACACGAUCGUCAGAAAAAGGGUAAUAGAGCCGAAUGAAGAAAGUUUGCGAAAACGAAAAAAACAGUUGAAUGAGGUGCCCACCCAACCCCUACAGCAAAAGGACGACGAUGAAGAUACAGAAAGAGUUGAAGAGGGACCAUAUUCAUAUAACUAUGUGACAUCUUCCCUUACGAACGAGUCUUGUUCACAGCAACAAACAUCGAAUUCAUCAUCUUUGUUACCUGUUUUGAAGAAAUACUGCGCAAAUGAAACCACUUCACUUUAUGAUCCGGCCCACAGUUUCAUUGUGGACCUGUCGCCUUCUUCAAAAAUAAAAGGACAGUUUAGUAAUGAGAAAUGGGUCGAGUUAGUCAAAAGAAGACCUGAAACGGUCCGGAAGACCUACCAUCACGAAAUCGAGCCUCUUGUUGCCCACUUGUUUAGCCAAAAAAUGGAUCUAUUACAAGCUCGUGAAAAAUGGUAUGAACUUAGAAAUUUGGUUGCUCCUAGAUAUAACAAUGAAUUCUCAUAUGCAGAGAACGAUUGGGAGAAAAUAAAACGUUGGGUAGAGCGAGUAACGGGACAAUUCCUGGAUGCGUUUGAGUCCUCUCGAAACCCAUUGCAAAAUGACUGUCAUGAACGAGAAUGGACUGGCGACUACAUUAUUCCUUUGAUACAAGGAGUUCUGAAAUUGGAUGGAAAUCUUUAUGUUCCAUGGGGAGAGAUUUCUGUCUUGGCAACCCAACGCCGUCGCAAUAAUGACAAGGAUAUACUCACCGAACAAGUUGAGCGAAGUCACCAGGUGGAUCUUUUAUGCAAUUGUGAACAAUAUGAGAUUGCUUGUGCACUGGCUUGCGGUGGACCAUAUACCUACAAUCUAACUAAGCUCGCCUCAGAUGAAUUCAACCUUCCAAGAAUAAUGAAGGAUAUGCUCGAUGACCUAGAAUUAAAGUUUCUUUAUGCUGGAAAGAAUGGAUUACAGCCAUAUAUUAUUGGGAUCCAGACAUAUAUGACAGAGGUUCGAGUCUAUCUGAUAGAGAAGUGUGAGAUAUAUUUCCUCCAUCAUUUAAAAUCUUUUAAUCUUCCACUCACAUUUUCAACUUAUCACUACCUGAAAAAUGCAUUAAGGGUGGCGUGGAACAUUCGGGGCUUGGUUAAUUCCUUGGUUCGGGAAUUUGAUGUUAUUGAGGACGAUGGAUUUAAAACUCCACCAACACCACCAAUAAUGGAAACGCAAGGUGAGAUUACCUCCAUUUCAAAUGGCGUGGAUUCUGAGUUUGACGUUGUGAAAUGUUAUCGAAAGUUUUUGAGGGAUAAUGAGAAUAUGUCUAUGCCUAUUGCAGCCAUUGAAUCUUUGAUUGAAUUGAUAAAGCAGAGCAAGGCAACUACUAUAUCCGAAUUUAUGGAAUCCUUAAAAAAUGCUAGUCAACUAUUAAAAAGUUCAACGAGAAACUCCAUUUCACUUUCAGCUGGGACUGAUUUAUUCUUGCGUUUUGUAACAAGAACGUCACACGAUGUCACGAAUCUUGACGCGUGUAAAGAACAUUUGAUGAAUAGUGGUAAAGUACUUGUCGAAAAGGCGGCUGCUGUUCGACAAAAAAUUGCUGAGUUAGGGGUACAAUUUAUUAAGGAUGAUGCUGUAAUACUCAUUCAUGCCUAUUCACGUGUCGUGAUGCUUUUACUACAACGCGCUGCUAAAUACAAUAAACGAUUCAAAGUUUAUGUUACAGAGUCGAGGCCUACAUCAUUGGGAGUUCGAUCCGCAAAAAUUCUACGUAAAGCAGGGAUUCCAGCAACGGUUAUAUUAGAUACUGCUGUUGGAUAUAUCAUUGAUAAGGUCGAUGCAGUUUUUGUUGGUGCUGAAGGUGUAGUGGAAAAUGGUGGCUUAAUUAACGCUAUUGGAACAUAUCAAGUAGCAAUAGUUGCUAAAGCUGCGAAUAAACCAUUUUAUGCAGUGAUAGAAAGUUAUAAAUUUGUUCGGUUAUUCCCUCUUAACCAAUAUGAUCUUCCGACACACACCCCUGAUCUUUUGACAUUUCCGGAUUUUUCGGCUUCAAUGCAAACCGAUGAUUCCGAUUCAAUUCCACCAACACCAAUAAUAUGUCGUGAGCGCCAUCCUCAACAAAAUUCUGAUGGUAGUGGAUAUCCAGAUUUAGAUAGAGCGAUGAAUAUCGAGAGUGCUCAAGAUUUCGAGGCGAUUAAUCCAACAGUUGAUUACACACCGCCACAAUACAUCACCUUAUUGUGUACCGACUUGGGUGUGUUGACGCCUUCUGGAGUUAGUGACGAAUUAAUAAAAUUAUAUUUAUAA